CAUAGGAGAUCCCUUGAUGCAGACAGCCGAAAUUCCUCAGCUUCCGAAGGGCGCUGCAAUGCCUGUGUAUCGGUCUCAGAACAAUCUCAAGGCGAAAGAAUGGAUAGUCUUUCACCUCCGGCUACUCCUUCACAACAUUUACUGGACUCCGAGUCACAACCUCAGUAUGCACGUUAUACCCCGAGCGACAAGGUGGAAAGUGUAAUGGAUUUAGAGGAAAAAGAUUCUUGGGUACCAUACCCUCUGCGACCGUGGUUUUGGAUACCAUUUUUCGCCCUCCUCGUCCUCUUAGCCAUAGGGCUUGAAAUUGCUCUUCAUUUCAGCAACAAAAACAAUGGAUGGACAGCUAAUGGCGAUGCUGGGGACGAUGUUUCUUUGUGGCAUUACGUCUAUACUCUACCACCUUCUUUUGCUGCUAUGAUUCUUGUCGCAUUAUGGGCUUGGACAGACAUAGAGAUAAAGAAGAUGCAGCCGUAUGUUGACCUUGUACAUGGUGACUCUCCCCCACACCGUAGUCUUUUGUUGGAUUACACACGCAGCAACAACUUCAUUGUGUGGACCCACGCAGCUCGUAACAGACAUUAUCUCGUUGCGCUUACGACGCUGAUGGUGUUACUAACGUUAUCAUUCCAACCACUGGCCGCAGCACUACUCAUCGUUAGAAACACCUGGUGGCAGAUGCCCGACAUAACCAUCCAUAAUUUAGCUCAUCUGGGAUUGAAUCAGAAUACCAAUUUCCAGGACUUGACUUCAUUUUUGACUGCUGCUGGUUUCGCUUCGAGUAGUUCUUUAUACGACCUUCCUUAUCCGCCAUUUAUAUCUGGUCCCUACACAGUGGCUCCAUUCGAACUUCCGGGAGGGAUAGAGACGAAUGGAACUGUUUUAUUUGUGAACACAACCGCGAUGAAAAGUGAUCCAGGAUGUCAAGCUGCUCAGGUUUCGAUGACUUCACUCGCCAAUGGCAGUUGGAACAACUCUAUAUCUGUUCAAGGCUGUUCAUUGAGCUGGAUCGUUAACGACACAGCAGAAGUCCUUUUCGGUGUUAAUGCAACGAAUUGCUCAACCGAUACUCCUCAAUUCAGUCCAGUUGCCUUCUGGUUUUUCGAGUAUUCUCCAAGUGCUCAAGCAUCUGCCACCGUCUGCUUUCCAACUUUUCAGCUGUUUGAUGUCGAGAUUAGUUACGACCUCGCGGCCCAGAACGUCACACAGGUCACGGAACUUCAACCGUUUACUUCAAGUUCGAAUUUUUCCUCUGCAUCUGGGAACAUUACGGGAUCGCCUCUCAAUGGACGUGCCUACAAUGGUGUAGAAUUCAAUUUGACAAAUCCGGAUCAGUUUGUACUGGCCAGGCAGGCAGCCAUUCAACUGCAAAUGCCUGCUGCAGUUCUUCAGAGGGCCCAAUUGAGCACGGCGGGACUGCAGGGCAGUUUCACUAGUAAUUCCUUUGUUCAAUAUUCAACGGAGGUUUAUACCACGUACUUGACUCUUCUGGCUCAGACGGUUUACUUCCUUCCGUCCAACGAACUCAACACUAUCCAAGUCAAGACCAUCGUUGAACGGCUGUUCUUGAGUGAUGUCGCUGUGCAUCUGCUUGCAGUAGCGAUGAUUAUAGUUGCUUUCUUUGGUACCAUAGCCCAACUUUUCCAUCGCUUUGAUCGACGGCAUCUCCGACUACGACACCAGCCUGGCACCAUCGCGUCUGCUGUGUCUAUCGGCGGACAAACAGGAAUGGGUGCUCUUUUGGCAGGGAGACAGGACCAGAAGGAUAUAGACGAAGUGCUGUCGAACAGAAAAUUCAGGAUUGACCCUCGGACAAUGAAAAUCAUCAUGGAGGGCGAGGAAGGAUAUGAGUUUGCCAGCAGCCCCAGGAACAGGAGGAAGUCGGUGUUUGCCGCAUUACAGAAUGUCAAGUAGCAGUUUCAAGAGGAGCACGCUGGAUUCGAUGGGCCCCAUUCUUUCUCUUGCAUGAACUAUCUAUAAAGUAUUCAGGCCUCAGCAUUCGUAACACUACAUUAUGACUU